AUGUACCUGUGCCGGGCCGCCUCGCAGGCGCUGGCCGCGCGCCUCAGCCGCGCGCCGCCCGCCGCCGGCCGCCUCAAGCAGCGCGCACCUCUUCGGCAGAUGUCAUCUGGCAGUGUUCCUGGCUCUUCUGGAGAGAACAUGAUUUACUAUCUCCUUGCUGGUGUUGCUGCCUUUGGUGGCUUAUAUUAUGCCUACAGAACUGUCAGUUCAUCCCGCAACAGGUAUAUUGAACAUAUGAAUGUUCUUCAUGAGAGAGCUGAGGAGCGAAAAGCCAAAAAUUAUAAGGGUGAUGAAGAGGAGACAGCUGAAGUCAUCAAAGCAGCGGCAGCCACGGAAGAGACUGAUACAGUAGCUCCUGUGGAAUCUGCUGCACAGGAUGGAAGUUCUGGGGUGUCCUCAGAAACUGGAGGGGAAGGUGACUUGCCAGCUGCCGACGCACCCGCUGCUGUGGAGGGAGCACAGCAGGAAGCUGCUGUUAACCUGGAAGCUGCUGCUAGUUCAGAAGCUGCUAAUGCAGAAGCUGCUACACUGCAAGUUUCCACGGAGGGGACGGCAGCUGAGGACGUUGCAAAGGAAUCCUAAGCGAGCAUCAUUGAAGCCUUUGAAAAGCUUAUUGGAAAUAUUUGGGCAAUCAACCAGCUGAUUCCUGUGUGAAACCUCAUCCUCUGCCUUGGAGACAUAAAACAAAUUGUGUAAUUUGUCACAGCCCACACUCCCUAUUAGGAUGACGAUUCAUUACCGAGCCAGAGAACCUAACACCAUCUAAGCUGUUUAGAGAGACGCUUCUGUAAUUAACCUCUCUGUUUUAGAAAGGAGCACCCAGUAAUAAAUGUCAAAGCACCAUCCAGAGUGAAAUGAAUGCACAUGCUAAGAGAAGCAGCAGACUUAACAGAAUUAGCCACAGGAACUCAUUGCAGUUCUUCUUUGUCUAGUUACCCACGCUGAUGUCCUACCUUUGGGCUGAACUGUGCUGCAGAUUUAUAACAUUGUACCAUUCCACGUUCAGUUUUAAGAGGAAAGUUUUGCUACGCUAAAAUCUUACUGAAAGUACUUGUUGGUAUUUUUAAAUUGAGUCAUGGGGGAAAAUAACCACCUUAUUUUCUCCUGAGUUUUUAAUUUGCAAUAGUAACCAUCAGAUAUGCAAUUGUACAAAAUCCAGUUUUCCUCCUUCCUAAACAUUUCAGGUACUAUCUUCCCUUGUCCAACCAAGGAGAAGACUUUCUAAAAGUUUCAAGUAGUCGCCUGCUUGGAGAGCACUGCCCUUUUGCAAGCGGUAGCAAUAGACACCUUAGAGCAAAUUAGAGCAUCUGUGAAAACCAAAGUAAUGCCGGUUGAAGUGAUCGGGGUGGGCUCCGUGCCCACCAGCCUUCUUGCCCUGGUGAGAGCCCCUCUGAGCUGUCCUGCCGCGUGGGGACACGCGGCGGCGGCCCGGCCAGCUCGGAGGCUUCAGAGAGGCUGUUGCACAAACCAGGCGCGAUGCAGGCCCUGGGAAAGCUCCUCUUUAGGGCUAUGGCACAGGCUUGCAAAUGCCCAGAACUGUUAAAACCCAGAGAGGUUUUCUUUCCAUGGCCUUGGAAACCCGGAGCAAGCUGUUACUUGUCAGAAUUUUCUCUGAGAGAGGCAUGUAACAGCCCAGGCAGAGCUUGAGAAGUGUGGCCUUUUAUUCUGUUUUUCAAAAUAUGCAACCAGAAAAUAUGCUUGUUAGGUAUUACCUUAAUAAUAAAAAAUCUACAAUGAGUAACUGGUUUGUAUGACAGUGUUCUCUCGAGCCCCUCUUGCGCUAUGGGUAUGCACAUGUAUGUGUAUGUACCUGCACACACGUGUGCAUCCACUACAACAUUUUCUAUGGAGAUGCUCCUGGAGAAAAGCAUCACAGCCAUCCUGAAAUGGCAAUGAUUCCAAUUCGGAUGUGAGACAAGGCGUAUCAUGUACAACCUACACAGGAACUGUGAACUAUAAGGUAUAACUGACA